AAUCUCUAGAACUGCCCCUUUGUAUUACAAAACUGUGGAGUUAUCUCAACUCCAGAUCUCAAAUGUAUGAUUACUUUUUACAUUCAUUUCUUCUUGUAUUGACUGCAAUGAGCCUUUGGUCAGAAGGGACAGAUGUGAACCAGUUUAACCCUUGGCAUGAAUGCUUCAAAGCUCUGUCAAGAGAUACCAUGUGUAUGGUAAGGCUAGUCCUAUUAUUAGGCAGAAUAAAGUGGAUGCUUCAUGUAUCAGGUUUGAAGACUCAUGAAUGUAUAGCAUAUUGUUAGGUACUAAUUUCUGUUGUUGCUGCAUUUUGCUACUCAUAUGCCAAAAGAACAUGGCUAGCUUUGGACUUUGUGGACCUGGAUUUGAAUGAAUACAGAGUGCUCUGCUGUUAUAGUUUUACGUAACCUAAUGUGUACUAGAUAGAUAAGGCAAGGACUUGACAGCCAGUGGCCAGGAAAUCUUUUGUUCGUUACACAAACUGAAUUUAAUUUGGGGAAAUGCCUACAGCAGUGGUUCUCAGCCUUCCUAAUGUUGUGACCCCUUAAUACAGUUCCUCGUGUUGUAGUGUCCUCCAACCAUCAAAUUAUUUUUGUUGCUACUUCAUAACUAAUUUUGCUACUGUUAUGAAUCGUAAUGUAAACAUCUGAUAUGCAGGAUGUAUUUUUGUUCACUGGACUAAAUUUGGCACAAAUAUCCAAUAUACCCAAAUUUGAAUACUGGUGGGGUUGGGGUUGGAUUGAUUUUGUCAUCUGGGAGUUGUAGUUGCUGGGAUUUAUAUCUCACCUACAAUCAAAGAACGUUCUGAACUCCACCAACAAUGGAAUUGAACCAAACUUAGCACACAGAGCUCCCAUGACCAACAGAAAAUACUGGAAGAGUUUGGUGGGCAUUGAUCUUGAGUUUUGGAGUUGUAGUUCACCUACAUCCAGCCUUCUUUGCCAAAGGGUUCCUAAGACCAUCAGAAAUAUGUGUUUUCUGGUGGCCUUUGGCGACCCCUCUGAUCUCCCCCUCACGACCCCCUUAGGGUCCCGACUCCCAGGUUGAGAAAUGCUGGUCUACAGUCUUGUCUGAUGAACAUUUUCAGCUGUUCUUUGAUCUCUAAGUCAUUAUUUUUGGACUCUUAAUGUUUUUCUCAGCACAGAAGUAGUGGUGCUUAGCAGAAGGAAUUGUUUCUAUUUCUUACUGUACUGUCACUGUACCUUCAGCCCUCCACAUUCACUGGGGUUAGGGGCAUAAGACAUAUAUGAAAGUGAAAAAAUGCAUUUGGAGGGUUGUUUGUUUCCCUUUCCUAUCUUAGAACAACCUUUCACAUCUAGUGCCUUGCAGCUAUCCUUAAUUUAAACAUUUAUCUGACUGAGGAUAAUGGGUUUUGUAGCCCAGUCCCUCCUAGAAGGCAUUAAGUUGUUCAGAUGUUCAGAUUGUCAUGGAUAUGGUCAGCCACCGAUCAUUCUCCUCCUCCCUGGCCUUUCUCUGUUAAUCCUUGCUAAUCCCUUAACAUUUUGUAUGUUUGUUCAGCCCUCCCUAGCCGAGUUUGAGCCAAGAUUUUACAGUGUUAAGCCCCCUUGCAGUUCGUCCACAGUUUUGUGGCUGUUUCUUCAAGAGCUCCCUGCUCUCUCCAAAUUUUAAAAAUAGCAGUCUUUUAGCUGUUAUAAAGGAGAGAACAGAGGAGAAGAUUCAUGACUGUGACUCUUUUUCUAAGAUUCUUGACAAAUUAUUGAAGGCAGCUGAUAGAAAUCUUCAGAGUCAGUAUAACGUAAUUAAAAUUGUGCCCACUCAUAUUGGCUCGACUUUGUAUUGUGAAACAGUGCAGAGAAUAGUGUUGCACACUGUGAAAUCCUGCUGCCUCAUAAAACAAAGACCCCUUGGCGGUUAAUAAAUAAGUCAGUAGAGGCCAAAGUAUCUUUGGUGGGGGUUGGGUGGCUGGAAAAUGGCUGUUUUCAAAUGCCAUAUUUGUGUUGACCAAUGCACCAAGUUCAGUCAGAGGGAGGAGGAAAGUACGUAAGUUUUCUCCUCCUUUGCAGCCCCAUCUAUUCAGCACAGUAGAAGCAAAGGUCUGGAAGGACAUCCAGGCUAAACAGCUUCAACCUCAGGGCAAUAUGGCAGGAUGCAUUAAAUCUAAAACAAUCACAGAAAUGUAAAUCUGUCCACCUCUCUGCAAGAAGAAAUUGUUAGACUUUUUUCUCUAUGAAUUCCCACAUUCAUAACAAGAAUGGUUAGUUUUUAAUAUUUUCAGAAGUUUGUAAUCCCUCCCUCCCCGUCAUAUUGAUUGUUCUGGUUCUAAAGGAAGAGCCUUGCACUUCCUUAGCAUCCGGUAAAGGUCAAGGAAUGAAUGUGUUUGUUUAGUUUUGCUUCAGCCUUUGUAAUGUGGGGAAAGUGUCAAGUCAGCUCAUGACUAAGGUGCCGCCUUUAAGCAAUACAGAGCUAUCCUUUGAUGUACUUAUCAUGAACAGAGCUUGCAAAAAGUCUUUCCUUCCUUAUAGUAGCAAAUAGUAUCCACUUUCUACACAGGUGAAGGUACAGAGUAUGGAAAGCCAGGGGACAUGGAGUGGAAAGGGCCAGAAUUCACCUCCCCUUUUUCUCUCUCUAUUUGACAAUAAAAUAUACAACCAAAAAUGGAUUGUUAUGCAAAGGGAUCUAGCAGCACCUUAGAGACUAACUGGGAUUCCUCCAAGCAGGAAGCAGCAACGCUUUGAAGUUGCAAAGCUAUUCAGUGCUAAUCAACCUGGCAAAUUGCAAUAUUCACACUUGCCUCAAACAGACAAGAGUCCUUUCUCCCACCCUAGACAUUCAACAGAUAUAGAAAACCCACUUCUAAUAGAGCCCACAACCUCUGAGGAUGCCUGCCAUAGAUGCAGGUGAAACGUCAGGAGAGAAUGCUUUUGGAACAUGAUCAUACAGCCCGGAAAAGUCACAGCAGCCCAGUGAUUCCAGCCAUGAAAGCCUUCGCCAACAACUUGAAAGACUGUUUUGUUGAAAGUAUGGGUACCUGAUUUGAUGUAAAGCAGACUGAAAUAUACUAGCCUCCUCUGUUACAAAUAUCCAUAACUAAAGCUGUCUUCAAUUUAGCAUUGACAUUGCUACUGACAAUCAAAUCAUUAUUUAGACAAUACUUUGAGAAAACAAAGUUGGUAGCAUAAGCUUUCAUAGACUAAGGGUGAAUCUACACUGUAGAACUGAUGCAGUUUGGCACCACUUUAACAGCUAUGGCUCAGUGUAAUGAAAUCAUUGAGGUUGUAAUUUGCUGAGGCACCUGCACUCUUUAGCAGAGAAGGCUAAGGAUCUUGAAAAACUAGAACUCCCAGUAUUCCCUAGCAUUGAGCCAUAGGCUGUUGAAGCGGUGUCCAAUUACAUUAAUGCCACAUAUUGCGUCUACACAUCUGAAGAAAUAAGUCUUUAAAGGAUUGUGCUACCAGUUUUUUUUUCUCUCAGUUAGUUUCUAAGAUCCUACAAAAAUACAGUGAAAUUCCAGACUAACAUGACUAUGUCCUUUAAAAAUAGAUUGCUUAACAGGACACACAUAAUCUAUUCUGUGAGGGGUGUGCGCACCGCUUUACUUCCUGGUAGGACUGGCCUCAAUUAUAAGUGACGCAGGAGACAGAGAUGGGUGACACCAGCAGCUGGAAGUUUCCAUUUCAAAGAUGUGGUGAGCCCACUCUGGCUUUUAAUUGAGACUUCAAAGGAACUGUCUUAGGUGCUGAAUCUAUUUGGAAGCUAGGCAUUGAAAUGUUGGAUAGCUGAUUUAAAGUUUGGAAUAAAAGAGCAUUUACAACCUCCAGACCUGGAAGCCACUGAGUGGCUCUCAUGAAUGGCACACCCAAAAGCAGAAAAAGGGGGCUCUGUAGCCAAGAUAUGAAAUGAGAGCCAGAAUACCUGUUUCUCCUGUUUGGCUGAUUAUUUACUUCCUGGAUAAACGGAUCAAACUAUACCAAGGUGUGUCUCUAUGAGAGUGUGUGUGUGGGGGGGAGAUCAGCUGCAUGCUCAGGAUAACAUAGAGUUGCACUUUGGGCCUUGCUUGUGGGACCUUUCCCCUACUUUGACCAUGGCUACCUUUGAACCAAGCAUUUCUUGGAGAGUGGAAGUAGUUUUAGAGAGGGGAGAAGAUCCCUGGAAACACAGACAUGCUGGACCACUCUAAUAACCACCAUGUCAGACUACACAGAGAAGCCAUUGAAACCCACAAGCAUGUGAACCAUUUCAACAGAAAGGAGGAAACCAUGAAAAUGAACACAAUCUGGCUACCAGUAUUAAAAUAACUCUAAAAUUAGGACAAUAAAUAAGGACAACACUCUGAGAACAGGGGAAUUCCAGACAUGAAACAAUCAGGGUCAGCUAACACCUCCCAACAAAGGAUGCCCCCAGGCAGGAAGCAGCCAGGCUUUGAAGCUGUAAUUCUAUGUAAUGCUAACCAAGCUAGCUAAUUGCAACAUUCAUACUUGCCUCAAACAGACAAGAGUUCUGUCUCCCACCCUGGACAUUCCACAGAUAUAUAAAUCCCACUUUCCUAUUUUCCAACAGACCUCACAACCUCUAAGGAUGCCUGCCAUAGAUGUGGGCGAAACAUCAGGAGAGAAUGCUUCUGGAACAUGGCCAUACAGCUUGGAAAUCUCACAGCAACCCAUCCCUUGAAUCAGUUGAAGCAACGAUGUCAUGCAAGGGUGGUUUUAUCCAAUGAAGGCUUUUCCUUAGUAGAAUACAUUGUCAUUUAUACAGAGUGGAGAAAAGCUGUAUGAUGAAUCUAUAAGACAUGGAAGAUCUCUUUGAAGCUGAUUGAUGGCUCCUAUACUGAAUGAGAAGAGAAAGAUGAAGAAUCGCUUUCUAAAAUGUUCUGACAAAAUGUACAGUAUUGCAGUUAAUUUAUCCCACUGAAAUAAUUUCAGAACUCAAUUUUUGAAUGACACCAUUUGAUUCUGUCAAAAAUAAUCAGAAUAUAUAAUCACCAAAAGGACCACAUCCCCACACACUGUACACUGAAGAAAGAAUACAGAAAGAUGCCAUCCAUCACAAGAACUUCAGGUGAGAAUGGCAGCGCCUCCGCCGAGGAGCAGGAGGAGGAGGCCGAGAAGCAGCAGCAGCAGGAGGAGGAGGCUCUGACGCCUCUCGGGAAGGAAGCCAUGGAGAGCGGCGGCGAAGGGGCGGCGGCGGGGGCGCCCUGCAGCCUGGGCUCGGCGCUGUGCUUCAGGGCAGAGGAAGCCUCGGCUCCCGCUCACCCUCUUUCCGAAGCCGCCUCGCCCUCCUCGUGCAGCAUCAGCAGCUGCAGCAGCGACGUGGUCCAGAGCCAGUGGGAGGUCAACAACAACCACCACAGCGCCGAGUCGGACGAGGAGAAGCAAGAAGGUGGCGACCCUUGCUCGUGGUUGCCGGAGGAGGAGCCGGACGUGGUGCUGGAGGUGUGCGGGCGGCGCGUGCGGGCGCACAAGGCGGCCCUGUCCGACAAGAGCGACUAUUUCCGCGCGCGCGCCUCGCGGGAGGUGCUGCGCCUCAAGGGGGUCACCUACGCGGCGCUGCGGCUGCUUCUGGAGUACGUCUACACGGGGCGCAUGCGCGCGGUGGGCCCCGACAACCUGGCCGAGGUGCUGAGCGGGGCCCGCGUGCUGCAGAUGCCGGGCGCCUUGCUCUGCGCCGCCGAGGCCGCGCGCGCCCAGCUCCGCCUCCACAACUGCCUCCAGCUGCUGACCUUGGCCAAGAAGCAGCGCCUGCCUGAGCUAAGAGAGGCCGCCUACCGCUUCAUGGGCGACCACUAUCUGCAGGUGUUAAGGGACCCCGCCAUUUACGGGCGGCUCAGCGGUGCAGAGCGCGACCUCAUCCUUCGGCGGCGUCUGGAGGCCGGGAGGCCUUGUCUGCUGGCGGCCGAGGUCAGCGACGCCUUUGAGCGGCUGGGAACAGGAAGUCGGCCCCAGAGCCGGGAGAGCAGCCGGCCCCAGAGCCCCUCCUCGGUGGUGUCCUUGGAAGAGGGUGGCUGCCUCCUCCAUGCCUACCAUGAAACGGCCCAAGAGUGGCGGGUGCUCACCCGCUUGCCUGAGGAGGCCAACACCAAGGGCUGCGCCAUGUGUGUCCUCUACAACUAUCUCUUUCUGGCUGGGGGCAUCACCACCACACCCGGGGCCAAGCUCUCAGACAAGGUCUUCUGCUACAACCCACUGACGGACACCUGGAGCCAGGUGAAGCCCAUGGGCCAGCCUCGCUCGCAGCUCAAGCUCCUGGCCCUGGACGGCUACCUCUACGCUGUGGGCGGGGAGUGCCUCUUCACGGUGGAGAGGUAUGACCCCCGGGCCGACCGCUGGAGCCCUGUGGCCCCCUUGCCCAAAGGUGCCUUUGCUGUGGCCCACGAGGCCACCACCUGCAAUGGCGAGAUCUACGUUUCGGGCGGCUCUCUCUUCUACCGCCUGCUCAAGUAUGACCCCAAGCGGGACGAGUGGCGGGAGUGUCCUUACAACAGCAGUCGGCGCCGCUCAGCCGACAUGGUGGCCUACAAGAGCUUCAUCUACCGCUUUGAUGUCGGUGCAAGCCGUGGGGAACCGGGACAGGCGGGCGGGGUCGAGGUCUUCCGCUACAACACAGUGGCCAAGCACUGGAGCCAGUGCACUUCCUUACGCCCCACCAGUAACCCCGUCCAGCCUUUCCGCUGCGCCACCUUGGGCAGCACCAUCUACUGCGUCAACCGGACGGGGAUGCUGCGUUUCAGCUUGUCCCAGAACGGAGAGGUGGAAGCAGAUGGUGGGAUCAAGGGCAGCUUUGACGCAGAACUGUACAAGGCCCCUUCAGAUACCAAAGGGGUCCUCCUACCUUUUGUGCUAAUCCUGCCUGAGAAGGAAAAAAUGGGAGAGCCAGAGAGUCCUCUGACUUUGUGAGAGACAGCUUGGCUUUGGGAAGGGUUUGCUUGACACAAAGGUCACAGCAGUACCCACCCAGUGCCAUUUAUUGAUGUCAGUGGUGCAGAUCUUCAGGGCAGGAGCACAGGCUUCAGUAGAAAUGGUGGUUGAGGUGCAACAGGUAGGAUAAGCAACAGAAAUUAACCCCAGGUCGAAAUUCAUCUCUCUGGCACCAGCUUUCUUUCAACUUUAGAAACAAAAUGGAAGGGCAUUGUUUGUGUCAGGAGCAACUUGAGAAACUGCAAGUUGCUUCUGGUGUGAGAGAAUUGGCCAUCUGCAAGGAUGUUGCCCAAGGGAUGACCAGAUGUUUGAUGUUUUACCAUCCGGUGGGAUGCUUCUCUCAUGUCCCCGCAUGGAGCUGGAGCUAACGGAACAGAAUUCACUCCGCUCUCCUCAGAUUCGAACCGCCAACCUUUCAGUCAGCAUUCCUGCCAGCACAAGGGUUUAACCCAUUCAGCUACCGGGGACUCCUGAGGGCUUUAUGACACAUUUCCUUAAUUUACGUAUGCAUGCACCACUUUGGACAUUUAUUCUGGGAUCCCACUUUCAAAGUGCUGACUAGAGGGCUGUAUGUGUUCAGAGCUUUUCAAGUCUGCUUCAUGUAAGAACAAGCCUUGUGUUUAUAUAAAUCAGCCUGUGAAAAGCUGGUUGAUACAUGUUAAUUGUUUGUAUAGUUUCUGUGCAACUUUUCAGUCAAGAAAUAUUCUGGGGCUACAUAAAAGUCAGCUUUUAAACGGACUUUUAUGCAGUUUAAAAGUUGCAGUUAUAGGAAUGUUCAUACUGUACAUACACAUCUUUGAAAGACGGGAUCUUUUGCCAUCCUCUUUCUUGUAUUCUGAUAGUAACUUGUGAAAAGUAGGGGAGAAAACCCUGGAAGCAACCAGUGAGGUUUAGUGUAUCUUUUUUAAAAAAGUAAUAGGAUGAAUCAAUGCUUCUUGUGUUAGAAGCAGUGAAUGAUCAUCUGGGUCAAAGUGUUCUUUUUUCCCUUUUUAAAAGCUUAACAGAGUUUUUACAGAAGACAUGGCAUUGUGCAGCCUCAGGAAGUUGUAACCACAGCUUACAAUUUAGCAGAAGCCAGGCUAAAAAGGUUUGAAACAAAUUACAUUUUUCCCAUAUGUUUCAUUUUGGGAAUAAAUGGAAACAACAGCAAACAUAUUAAGGGAUGUGUUGAAUCCAUUUUGCUGCUUCUUUAAAAAAACAAAAAGCUGUGUAUGUGUGUUUAAACACAGUUGAUCAUAAAUGUAUAAUGAUUUCUUCUUAACAUAGUUGUGAAUGGCUUCAAUCGGGAGUCUGCAUUAUAACUCACAAGUUCAAAACUUGACAAAUGACAAGAGUGAACAUAUCAGUGAGUUUUUCGGUGGGUUUAAAGUCACUGACUGCUGUUAGCUGCUCACGUCAAUGAAAACCAAAUGUGGCUUACAUGAAACUUACUGCACACAACUGGAAUACUUCACUUUCAUCUUCAGAGUCCUUUGACAAGAAAAAAAUCCCUCUCCAGCUGUUAUUCGCAUGAAGAAGCAAGAAGUAGCUCCGUAGGGGAAGUGAUUUCCAUUCUGCCAUGUUAACAUCCUGGGUUGCAAACCAGUCGGAUUUGAUUUUAGUCAAUAAUUCACAUGUCAAGUUUAUCAUAUACAAAAGUCAUGUAUGUUCUAUUUCUUUCCUAAAUCUUUUACUGAAUAGUUGUAUUGCAGCACAUUUUGAGAAAGAGGUGGCUAAACUUCAUACUUGCUAGCAGUUGGAGCAUACUGUGGGCCCUCAACAUUUGCAUGUUUGACUUUUGCGGAUUUGAUUAAAAAGUUAUCUCUAGGAAUCUCUAGCCCAGUGGUUCUCAACCUGUGGGCCCCCAGGUGUUUUGGCCUACAACCCCCAGAAAUCCUAGCCAGUUUACCAGCUGUUAGGAUUUCUGGGAGUUGAAAGCCAAAACCUCGGGUUGAGAACCACUGCUCUAGCCCUUCCAGUCUGACUCUAUGGCUUGCUUCCAGUAAAAAGUGACCUCAGAUUUUUUUAAAAUGUUGUUUCACUUUCCCAAGGCUCCUGUUCCCCUAAUCUCAGUGAAUGUGGAGGGCUCACUGUAUUUGUUUUUCAGAUUAUAUUGAUUGAAAUUAGAAUGGAUAUUUAAAGUUAGACUAACUCCAUCAUAAUCCAUCCAACUAGCUGGCCUCAAAGGCUUGCAGUAGCUCAGAAGUGGCCAAAAUGCAACUUUAUGGCCCAUCAAGACUGUUCAUAUGGCCUCAACAUGUCCUUAUCUGCCAAAAGAAGGGGUCCACAGUGAAGACAGGUCACAUUUUAAAUAGGCUGGCAGUCUUUGAGGUAGCAGGUGGUCCCAAGGCCAGAAUAUUGGAUCUAUGGCCUCACUGAGAAUCUUACUUUACCCUUUGAAUAGCUGAUACCCACCAUGACCUUUCAGAAGCUGAUUUUGCCAUUUCAUUCUUGUUUCAAAAGCAGAAACAAGUUGCUAUUGGAGAAAAAAACAACAAAAAUGUCUCCUGCCUAUCAUUUCAGAGCUCUUCUUCCACAGAGUUUCAGGCAGUACAGUUAUAACACUAUCACUACCAUGGUAACAUCCUGUAGAAUGCUGGGAUUGGCAGUUUAGGGAGGACUAUUUCUCAUUCUCCAUUGGUGAGCUCUAGUGCCCCACCAGACACAAAACCUCAGGAUCCCCUGGGAUGCAGACAUGGCCUUCACAGUGGAACCAUAGUGCUAUAGUUACAAUCCGCCCUCCAUAUCCACAGAUUCUGCCUCUAUCGCUUUACUAUCCAUAGCUUGAUUUAAAAAAAAAUUCCAAAAAGCAAACCUUGAUUCUGACAUUUUAUAUGAAAGGUGCCAUUUUACCAGGCUAUAUAAUGGUACUUGUGUAUCCAUGCAUUUUGGUAUUCAUGAGGGGUCCUGGAACCAUACCUCAGGUUCCAGAACCCCUCCAGGUUCCAAGACUCCAUACCUUAGACCAGAUAACUUAGGGCUCUUCUACACAGCCAUGUAUCCCAGAAUACCAAGGCAGAAAAUCCCACAAUAUCUGCUUUGAACUCGGUUCAAUGUGAGUCCACAUUGCCAUAUAUUCCAGUUCAAAGCAGAAAAUGUGGAUUUUAUUCAGCUGUGUGGAAGGGGCCUAAGAGGUCAUUUGGAAAGAAGUCCCACAAAAGUUAACGACAUUUAAUCGUAACAUUUUAAUGUGUAAGCCACGCCAUUUUCUUCAGAGAUCUCCCAUUCUGUUUUCCUCAACAAUCUUAAGAGGUCAAUUUAGGGCAAGAAACAAUGCCUGACCUGAGAUGUCUCUGCCUUGUUUAAUAUUUAAUUCCAGGUUUCUCUGACCCAAGCCCACACUGUAGCCAUAGUGCUACACUGGCUUUGAAAUGCAUUCUUUUGUUCAGUUGCCUUUUUUUAAGUUGUAUCUUUCAAACCAGUAUUCCAAAGACAUGUUUAUUAUACACAGAAGAUUCAUCUAUCAGACUGACUUUUUUGAUAAUCAUUUUUUUGGAUAUAUUUUGAAAUAUCAACUACUGUAUGAGUAGUAUUGUUGGGACUGUGAAUAUUCAGUGACUUCGGUACAUACAUUGGGACAUCAGAGAAAUGGGAUGUCUGUAUAAAUUUUCUAUAUUUGACCCAGAUGCAGAAAAAAUACUGUUCUGGACUACAUUUCCGCCCCUAUCCCCAGCAAAGUAUGACUGCUAGUUUCCAAAAUAUCCAUUCCAAACUGUAAUCCCAUCUUGUGUUUCUCUGUGGCCAGUGCAACUUCUGCUCACAGAGAACUUGCAUAAAAAUAAGAUAGGAAAGGAGACAAAUGUGGAAUUUUUGUAUGGCCAUUCAAUUCUACCACUUGUUUGUCUUCAAGGCAAAAACAGACGUGGGAAUCUAGUAAACAUUAUUUAAAUCCGGAGGACUAAUCAGUAUGGUAUCCAUAUUUUCACCAUUGCUGAUUCAAAUACAGGCUUGACCUUAGUGUCUGGUGGAGCUGAUUAAAAUAUAUAUUAACUUUAGAGGGGCCUCAGAUAACAAAUUUAAUCUUACCUCUGACCUUAAAAUGUACUGUUUUUAUCCAAAGGAAAGAGAAAUCUCACUUUCAUAAGAUGAAAAUCACAGUUUGUGUUGUUGUAUGUUUUCCGGGCUGUAUGGCCAUGUUCUAGAACAUACAAGAACGUGGCCAUACAGCCCGGAAAACAUACAACAACCCUGUGAUCCUGGCUAUGAAAGCCUUCGACAACACAUCACAGUUUGUGCUUUGAACCAUCAUCCAAAAUUUUAAAUUUCUUGGCCCAACAAGUGAGAUGUUAGAAAUACCUGUUGUUUUAGAAAUGAUUAAUAAUUGACAGACUGAUUGGCAUUCAAACCAGCACAUGAGAAACUUAAAAAUUGCACUAUUUUAAAACUUGAUAUAAUAGGAAUUGAUUUUGUAUAUUUCUGCUCAUUCUAUGCAGUUUAGGAACAGGCAAUAACAGAAAAACAGGAAUUCUAUGUCUGUUUGCUUAUCAAAUUUUAUCUGUGAGUCAAUCUCACCGAUCUGGGGCAGGAGGUUACUCCUAAAUAAGAGCAGUUUAGGACUACACUAUAAGAAUUAUAUUGGAUUCAGACUCAAUCAUAGAUUAGAUACAAUGAAAUCAAUGCAUACCUUACACAUGUGAGUCAUAACAUGCUAGUAUACUGUAGCGGUUCAAGCACUGGAAUAGGAUUCAGGAGAAUCAGGUGUGAAUCCUCAUUGAGUUGCAAAACUCUUUGAAUAAUUUAGGGCGACUUAGAUACUCCCAUCUCCCUCUUCUUGACUUACGUUAUGAGAUGAUUAUGAAGGGAAUGUAGGAGGCAAGGAAGACAUGAACACCACCGUGUAAUUGCUGGAGAAGAUGUGGAAUAUAAAUGUAAUCAAUAAAUUGAAAACCUUUUGUGGUUAAGUAUAAAAAGAAAUGACAUCCUUCAGCUUUCUAGCUCCAAGAUAGUUCCUCAUGCCUCACUGCAUUCAGGAGAUCUUUUGCUGUCCUGUUCUUGGCAUGGAGCUGGGAAGAACCACUCAACUAUCAUACAUUGGGGACUGAAUUGACUGACCUCUGAAGGUUUUCUAGUGUGAUGCAUCAGCUUCCUGCCCUUUCCCCAAAUACAAGAUCUUGGUAUGUCUGGAGGCAUCUGUUCCAGUUCAGAAUGCAUCAUUCCAUUAAUAAAUUAUUUUCUGCCGCAGCAAAAAGACACAAAAAAGUAUCAAAGUUAGAGAUCCAUGUAGACUGUGGAAUACAUUUAUAAAACAUUCUGCGAAGUCCCUCUGUUCUGCCCUACUGUGUACAUCAGGGGAACAAAUGGCUCAAUGUGGUUUCCUGAGCAUUUCAACAUGCAGCCUGAUACAGCCGUUUUGUAAUAGUUUAGUAAGGGACAUGUUUGCUGUGCUGUGUCUGUCUGUCUGUGCCUAAUUAGACCGUAUUUCUUUAGCUAUAUGGCCGGCUCAGAAGUGGAAAGUCAUUGCAUUUGUUUUAUUUUGUAGAAGGCUUCCUUAGAAGUUUCUACAAAAGCUUGCAAACUGUGCCCCUGUUUUGCCAUGUAAUGUAUUUCCUGAAUGUCUUUGCUUUUCUGAAUAACUGCACAACAGCAUUGCUAAGGAAAUUGGAUGAAAACCUUUACAAGCAUCAUUUCCCCGCUUCCUCUUUUUCAUGUAGUUCAGAAACAUAUGUAAAACUUUAAUCUUAUUGUGCUGGUAAAAUUGCAUCCUUGAAUUUAAAGUAAAGUUGAACACAUGAGUGAGCAUUUCCAGAGCCAUAAUCUGUACUUAAUUACUGCCCAUUUAAUGUAGUUUUCUUUGCAAGAUGUUUGCAUAAUCAUACCCAGAUGAUUGACUUUUAUUGAAUACAACAUAUGGGACACUUCUAAACUGAUUUCCGGCUUGGUGUCCUUUUGUUUUCUCAUGUAUAGACUCUAAAAUCAGGCCAGUAGUAGAAGUGGGUUUUUUCUUUUAAAUUUCAACACUGUUGGAUAAAUUAAUAUGCAGAAAGUUUUUCUCCCAGAUGCUAGCAGUAAAUGGAACUGAUCAAUUACACCAAAUACUUUUAUUGCUUGAACAAUGUUUUUGUACAAAUCCAGUUUGCUCUGUGAGGCCUUUCACAGGAAUCGCUGGGAAAGGAAUGACCCAAUAUUUGAAUUGCAAAUGAUCUCGAUAAAUAGAAUGGGGAUGAUGUUAAUCAUACCUGUUUGAUGAAUAAAACGAUUGUGCAGUAGCGAAUGAGUAUUUUAUGCACCGAGGGCUCCCAUGUAAAUAAACACCUGAUACAAUUUCAAAUGCUUAAAAAGAAUAAAUUAUUCCCAUGAA